AUGGCGCUCCAACCCGACUCCAAAACCGACAUCGACCGCGCCGUGACAUCGCCCUUCCUUCUCCGCGUCUACUGGCGCGAGAGAGAACUUUUCAAUCCCUGGGAGUUCAGCGUCGCACCACCAGCAGAUACUACUGGCAUCCCCGACUACUCCUCGCUCCUCCCAGCCAACCUCCGCCAGAAGAGCUUACAGGCGUAUACCUGGCCCGACUGUACCCUUGGCGAACUCACAGGACUCAUGUCAUCUGUUCUGCCACCAGGUGUAUUACCCAACCCAGCUGUGGGCACGCGGAUACAGUACAAGCUUGUUUUCCCCGACACGCGCGCGACUGUGGCAGAAGGUGGACGUGGGAAGUGGAUUGACAAGCCAUUGGGCAGCGUGGUCAUUGGUGGAAGUGCUGCAGAAUUGGAAGAUGGGGAUAUGGAGGGCUUGAAGGCGAGCUUGGAUGGAGACUCGCUCAAGACGCUUGCGGAUGCGCGGUUUGUGAUUGGGGACUACGUUGUCUGCACGAUAUACCCACCGGGACAGGAUGGUCGAGUGGCGCCGCUGCCGCCUCCGGGAGGAUCUAGGGGACCUCCGAGAGACUUCGGUGGCCCGCCGCGAGGACCACCGCCUAGAGAAAAUGGGUAUGGAGGUGGUUAUGGUAGAGGCGGAGGAGGCUAUCGUGGUGGGUAUGGAUCGCGGGGAGGUGGUGGCUUUGGUAUGGGUCCACCACCGGGUGAGUGGCGUAGGGGCGAGCGACCACCAGGAGGCGACUACGGUGGAGGACGUGGCGGCUACAGAGGCAGAGGAGGCCGGCCUUAUUAG